AUGAUGCCAACUCUACCGCUAGUCGGGCCAGCCGUCACUCCAAGCAAGACUUUCGGCCAACAAUCGCCCUCACAAGCCGCAUGGCAUGGCUUCACCCCCGGCCGACGCAGCUACGCCCCCGACGCCUCCAUCGUGCUCGUCGGUAUCCGCGGCACAGGCCGAUCGACUCUCGCCGUGAUCGCGGCCAGCGCGUUGGGGUUCCGCCUACUCGACGCCGACCAGCAGUUCUUCCAGACGACAGGCCUCUCGCGCGCCAGCUACAAGACACAGCACGGCACGGCCGAGUAUCGCAGGGAAGAGCUGAAGCUUCUGCACUCCAUGCUGUUUGAGAACCCGACAAAGUCCAUCAUCGCGUGUGGACCGGGAGCCGUGGAGGGGACGGGACAGGCGUGGCUUGCGGAAUACGGCCAGACGCACCCCAUCAUCUACGUCCUGAGAGAUGCCGAGGACGUCAAGAAGCAUCUCAAGGUGUGGGAUACGGAGGCCAUCACGCGGCUGUUUCAACUGAGUGGCCCGACGCAUCGAUCGAUAUCCAACUUUGAAUUUUAUAAUAUUUCCGAUACCGUAGGAAAGGCCUUGGGAGAAGUCACCGCCGUUCCCGGCCAUCAGUCACCACGGUCUCUUGCGUUGAAGCGGGUGGAGCACGACUUUCUCGGACUCAUUGACAGCAUCAUGGAAAGCGACCGGCAGGGCUCGGAACGGUAUCGGGCCACCGAGGGCUCGGCUUCCUUACCCCUGGAGCGCCGGCCAUACACCUAUUCUCUCAACUUGCCAAUGUCUUUGGUGGAGACCGCUGGAGCGGAACUUCGAAAUAUCACUACGACGGCCGAUGUGGCGGAGCUUGUCAUACCGGUCCGAGAGCUACAGACAUCGGGAGCCGAGUUCGACGAUGCAACGGCCAACCGCGUCUGUCGGUUGCUCUAUGCCGUCAGGAGGUUCACCCGCCUCCCCAUCAUACUGAACCUGGAGCUCGAAGCAUCGUCUACCGGCAUGAUGAGCGGCUUCUCGCCAGAAUACACCUCGGCGUAUUAUCUCCAUGUCCUGAACCACGGCCUCCGUCUCGCUCCAGACUACCUCUGCGUGGAUCUCCGCUGCGACGAAAACGUCAUCCGAGAUCUCGUGGCAAGUAAAGGGACAACAAAGAUCAUUGCGCACUAUACCUGCAACUCCCUCUCUCCGAGCGGCUGGCGCAACCCAGGCUUGGAGGACAAGAUGAGGCUCGCCGAAGACCUUGGCUGCGACGUCGUGCGCAUAUGCCGCGAGGCGAAGUCAACCAAAGACAACUUUGAGAUUCAGCACUUCAAGCAUGGCGCCGGCAAGCCCAGGGACGUCACGAUCCCGCUCAUCGCUUACAACACCGGCCGUCUGGGCCGCAUGUCCUGCUUCAUGAACCCGACAUUCACACCGGUGACGAUGAACCUGCUCCGGAGACUGGCACCGGGUGGCUCACCCCACAGCCUCUUGACCAUCCAAGAGGCGCAAAAGGCGCUCUACUCUUCCUUCCUCCUCGACCCCAUGUACUUUGGCAUCUACGGCACAAACGCCGCGACCAGCCUGUCGCCCUGCAUGCACAACCCGGCCUUCAAGUUCUGCGGUAUGCCGCACGAGUACAAAAUCUUCCACCAGCCCACCCUCAACCACCUGCGCACGCUCAUUUCCGACGAGAACUUUGGCGGCGCCAGCAUCACGGCCCCCUUCAAGAAGGAGGUCUUUGCCCUCGUCGACUUCACGAGCCCCGAGGCCCGGGCCAUUGGCGCCGUCAACACGCUGGUGCCGCUGCGCUCCCGCACCAUUGAGUCCCUACUCGACCGCAACAGGGCCGGUCCGGUCGUGGCGCUGUACGGCGACAACACCGACUGGAUCGGGAUACACACCUGCAUCCGGUACAACCUGUCUCCCAUCAACGGCGUCAAGAGACGGACGACGGCGCUGGUGGUGGGGGCGGGGGGCAUGGCGCGCGCGGCCAUCUAUGGGCUCCUGCGGCUUGGUGUUCGCACCGUGUUCAUCCAUAAUCGGACGACGAGGACGGCGGAGGAGGUGGUGAGGCACUUUAACGGCUAUCGGUUCACGAGUGACGGGGCCUCGACGCCGACGGAGGUCAACGCUUCCGAGAAGGCGGAUGCUGUGGCUGUGGCGAGCAGUCCGACGAUUCGAGUGAUGGAGUCCAAAGACGACAAGUGGCCCGACGACGCCGAUUUCCCCACCAUUGUCGUCUCAUGUAUUUCCACGCGCGAGAUCAACGGGGCGUCGUCGGCCGAUACGAGCCUGCCCUCGGGUUGGCUGGCCAGUCCCACAGGCGGAGUGGCCAUUGAGCUAUCCUAUACGCCUCUCGAGACGCCGCUCCUCAAGCAGAUCCGCGGCAUGAGCGACCAAGGGUGGAUCGCCGUCGACGGUCUCCGUGUUUUGCCGGAACAGGGUAAGAGGCAGUUUGAGCUGUUUACUGCGCGUAAACCUCCGAUUGAAAUGAUGCGUGAGGAGAUUGCACGGGCGUAUAAGAAGAGACUGGAGGAGGGGGGAAAGAUGCCGACUAGAGGGUAG